AUGGACGACACAUAUUUAAAUGUCACCGCUGGAUACGUCGACGAUUGUAAAAUAACUCAAAUUGAUUAUCAUUCUUUUUUACCUUAUUCGACGUCCGCUCUUUCUAAUAAUGAUGAGGUGCGUAUCGCUUUACAUAACACAGAGUCUUAUACUUUACCGUGCGAGAGUUAUAUUUACAUCGAGGGAACAAUAACCAAACCUGUAGAAAUAACUGACGAGAUUAGAUUUAUAAACAACGGACUGGCGUUUCUUUUCUCCGAAAUGAAAUAUGAAAUAAACGGAAAUCAAAUUCAGAAACUCGUCAAUCCGGGUAUAUCGACCACAUUAAAAGGAUAUUGUUCGUACAAUAAAACAAAUAUUUCUUCACACCAAAACGCUGCCUGGGAUUCUGAUACUAAAAAUGUUAAUAAAGAUUUUAUCGAUAGCAAUAAUUUUAACGGAUGUAUUAAUCUUAAAGAUUUGUUUGGUUUUUGUGAAGAUUAUAAACGUAUUUUAAUAAACUGUAACCAGCAACUCAUAUUGAAUAGAGCAUCGAUCGAUUUAAAUGCUAUAAAACAGUAUAAAAAUAAUGAGGUAGUGGACGCUCCUAAAUUAAAAGACGUUAAAAUAAACAUAACAAAAAUAUUGUGGCGGAUGCCUAUAGUGAAAGUGAGUGAUAGAGAAACAAUUCGACUGUUGAAAGUAGUCAACAAUCAGAAACCCCUAACAUGUGCGUUUCGUUCAUGGGAACUUUGUGAACAUCCAUUUUUACCUCAAAACACUUCACAUUCGUGGAAAGUAAAGACUUCCAACAAAUUAGAAAAACCUAGAUAUGUCAUAAUCGGUUUUCAAACUGACAGGAAAAAUAGCUCAAGUAAAUCAAUGUCAUAUUUUGAUCAUUGUAAAAUUAAAAACUUGAAAGUCUAUUUGAACUCUGAAGUAUUUCCAUAUGAAGAUUUUCAAAGUAUCCUGGGUGUGGUAAUAAGUUUAGCGGUGGCAGUAUUCUAUGCCAUUUUCGCUUCAGCAGAACUACAACCAUGGGCAGUCGAUAACCCAGUAAAAGAAAAUCAACGAAAUAUACAAGAAGAGGUAAGAAUAGCGCCUAAGGAAUCUUGA